UAACUUUUGGAUGAGUCAUGAAAAGCACGUGGUAUAGAUGUAAUAAAAAUAUGAGGUGCGGUUUUGUAUGAUUUCUGGAGGAAAUUUACGACACAUAUUUAGGCAAAAUUAGUUGUACUAAACAGCAAAUCGAAAUGUUUACCUGGACUAUGGUAGAAAUCAUUGUGGCAUCGUGGGUUUGUUCCUUCUCUGUGUUGUGCCUUGAACUUCCUGAAAGCGCAUGUGCUGUUUCGUUAAGAACUGUUGGUGUGAUUUCAAGGUGCCCAAGAAAUAAAUAUGAAUAUGACGUGGCAUCGACUAGGAAAAACUGUAGCCAGUACAAUGCCACUGGCUGUUUAGAAUUGCAUUACCACUGUGUCUUGAAUGAAAAUGCAACGGGGUUGGUUGAAGUAUGUGCUGCAUCGAGGUUUAUUUUUUCUGGAAGAUGCGCGUCAUUCAGCAACGAUGUUCAGAGCAUUGGAGAUAGCUACAUACGAAACUGUACCUAUUCAAAUCCUGCUUGUCCACAACAUUACAAUUCAACUGACUCCUAUAUGUAUGCUGUUUGUUACAAUGUGGUGGAAGGUCAUGUGGAAAAUAAUGAAUGAAAGACACAAACAACGCUUUCCAAUUUAUUGAUAUAACAGCAAUGAUACAUUCGGGAUAUA